CUGUGCGGAGGAAUACAAGGAGCUUGUAGAGACUCGCCUCCACACCUCAACUCAGUCUUGUUCACAAGCCGCCGACGUCCAUUACACCUCAGCCUGUAGCGUUAGCAGACCACCACGCGCAAUUGAAGCAAAUAUGGCUGAUCAAUUAACAGAAGAGCAGAUUGCUGAGUUCAAGGAGGCUUUCUCUCUUUUCGACAAGGACGGCGAUGGCACCAUCACCACAAAGGAACUGGGCACCGUCAUGAGAUCCCUGGGUCAGAAUCCAACUGAGGCCGAACUCCAGGACAUGAUCAAUGAGGUGGACGCUGACGGCAACGGGACUAUUGACUUUCCGGAGUUCUUAACAAUGAUGGCCAGGAAGAUGAAAGACACGGACAGUGAGGAGGAGAUUAGGGAGGCUUUCAGGGUCUUUGAUAAGGAUGGCAAUGGUUUCAUUAGUGCUGCAGAGCUGCGCCAUGUGAUGACUAAUCUGGGCGAAAAGCUGACAGACGAGGAAGUGGACGAGAUGAUCAGAGAAGCAGACAUUGACGGAGAUGGUCAGGUCAACUAUGAAGAAUUUGUUCAGAUGAUGACUUGCAAAUGAACUGAGUUCACAUAAGACCAAGAAUCAGUCAAAUGUUUCACUUACCUCUUAUUGCAAAAAUCUAAAUGUAUUCAUACUGUUCUGUAUAGACAACUUAAACUGAAUGUUGGAAAAAAUCUGUCCGUAUAAACAAGCUCAAAAGGUAAAAAGAAAAAGACAAAAAAAUUAAACGAAUGCAUGUACUGGCUUGUAUUCCCGCCGCCCAGUGGGGAGCUGUCCAAUCAGAUCUCACAUUCUUAGCCGAGUGGUGUCUCUGCAGCUGGCUGCUGCUUCCUGGUUCCUGGUUCCACCUUUUACAGGGUGGCCAGUCGCCUUUCUUCUACCACUUCCUGUUUCCUCUCUUUCUGUUCUUCAUGCAUGCAGCUUCGGACUAGUUACUGUCAAUUAUUGGAUGCCUGUGGCAGGAAUUAGGAGGGGCUUAGUUGCCACAUGGGCGUGAGAGCGAGGCGAUGUGCAUCAAAACAUUUUUGACAGCAUAAAUACGACUUCAUAUUAGACUUUGUUUCUGGCAUGGCGGGAGAUUUGCUUUAUACCCUUUUGUGUGUUUACCUUAACUUCGGUGUGGCAGGAAGUGGGCUUGUCCUCACGUCUCCAAGGCUUUUCCAGGUGUGCGAUUUCUGGGGUGAGGUCAGCAGGUCUCAGCAGAGACAUUGUGUAAGAUUCAGUUGAACUUGUAUGGAAUAAAAUCCUCACUGAAGCAUGUUGGGGUACAUUAUAUUGGCUCUGAUGUGUACGUAUCACUUCUGUGGGGGUUACGUAGGGACAGGGCCGGUGCUUUGCGAUGUUUCUAGCGUGUGUGUGUAUGUGUGCGCGUGUGUGUGUGUUUGAGGGUGGGGGAGGGGGGUGCUGGUGAGGCCCGGCCCAGUCCAACUGUUCUGUUUAGUUCAGUUGAUCUGCAUUCCAAGUUGUACAUGCUAGUCUUUACAUUUUGUUUUUCCAAUAAAAAGUCAUAAACUCAA